AUGCAGCGCCUCAACAACCGGUCAGAGAGCCACCUCAGUGGACAGGUGGAGUGUGAGUUGGACAGCCUGGGGAAGGGUUCCUGGGUGAACCAGGGGUACUGUGGCUCUCCUCCACUCAUACCUCGGGCUAUCAGCACUGUCUACAACCCCCAGCCCCUGUACCCCCAAGGCUCCUUCGACAGCGUGUGCAAACUGACCACGCCGAGCCCUUUCCCAACCGAGGUCAAGCCGCUGGAGACAGGUUCCGAGAAAAGACGCGGUGGAUGCUGCUCAUUUUUUAAAGGACUGUGGGGCACUACACUGACUGAGAAUACAUCGGACAACCGGGAACUGUUUGUUAGGACUACACUGAGGGAAUUACUGGUCUAUUUGGUGUUCCUUGUGGAUAUAUGUCUAUUGACAUAUGGCAUGACCAGCUCCAAUACCUACUACUACACUAAAGUCAUGACAGACCUGUUUGUGCUUACGCCCAGUGGCAGCGGAGUUACGUUUCAGUCCAUUAGCAGCAUGGCAGACUUCUGGACGUAUGCCCAUGGCCCAAUGCUGGAUGGCCUCUACUGGACCAAAUGGUACAACGACCAGUCUCUACAGAAUGGGGACCACUCCUUCAUCUACUAUGAGAACAUGCUGCUGGGGGUGCCCAGGAUGAGACAGAUCAAGGUGAUGAACAACUCCUGUAAGGUCCACAAAGACUUCCGCAACGAGAUUUCCGGAUGCUUUGAUGUCUAUAAUGAGAAGAAGGAGGAUGAGGUGGACUUUGGCCUUGUUAACGGAACUGCCUGGCAAUACCACAAUGAGAAAGAGAUAAAGGGUUCGGCCCACUGGGGUCUGCUGACCACGUACAGCGGUGGAGGGUACUACCAGGACCUGAACAGGACCAAGGAGGAGAGUGCUGAGAUCCUGAUGGAGAUGAAUAACAACCUGUGGUUGGACCAUGGCACCAGGGCCGUGUUCAUAGACUUCUCCACUUACAACGCUAACAUCAAUCUGUUCUGUGUCAUCAGGUUAUUGGUUGAAUUUCCGGCCACUGGUGGAGCGAUACCCUCAUAUCAGAUUAGAACGGUGAAGCUGAUUCGUUACAUCACCUACUGGGACUACUUCAUCAUUGGCUGUGAGAUGGUGUUCUGCCUGUUCAUCCUCUACUACAUUGUGGAGGAGAUUCUUGAGCUACGAAUCCACGGGUUCUCCUACUUCAGCAGUAUCUGGAACACUCUGGAUGUGGUUGUCAUACUGCUUGCCAUUGUUGCAAUCAUCUUCAAUGUUUUUCGCACCAUUAAAGUGGACAAAUUACUUGGUAAACUCUUAGAACAACCUGACAUUUAUGCAGACUUUGAAUUUCUUGCAUUCUGGCAAACACAAUACAACAACAUGAAUGCAGUGAACUUGUUCUUCGCUUGGAUCAAGGUUUUUAAGUACAUCAGUUUCAAUAAGACGAUGACUCAGCUGUCUUCUACUCUGGGCCGCUGUGCCAAAGACAUCAUGGGAUUCGCCAUUAUGUUCUUCAUCGUGUUCUUUGCAUACGCUCAGCUUGGCUACUUGCUCUUCGGUACGGAGGUGAAAUCCUUCAGCACCUUCGUCAAGUGCAUCUUUACACAGUUCCGGAUUAUUCUUGGAGAUUUUGAUUAUGAUGCCAUUGAACGUGCCAACAGAGUCCUGGGGCCAAUCUAUUUCGUCACCUAUGUAUUCUUUGUCUUCUUCGUGCUGCUUAACAUGUUUCUGGCCAUCAUCAACGACACAUAUUCUGAGGUCAAGGAAGAGCUGUCAUCCCAGAAGGAUGAGCUGCAGAUUACUGACAUCAUCAAACAGAGCUACAUGAAGACAUUUAUGAAAUUGAAAUUGAAAAAGGAGAAGAUAUCCGAUGUUCAGGAAGUACUACGAUCUGGGUCAAACAAACUAGAAUUCAAAGACUUUAGAGAAACUCUCAAAGAGUUGGGACAUGCCGACCAUGAGAUAUCUGAAGCUUUCUCCAAAUUCGACCAUGAUGGAAACCAAAUUCUAGACCAAGAGGAGCAAGAAAGGAUGAAGAGGGAGCUAGAGGAGAAGAGGGAUGCUCUUAGUGCCGAGCUCAACAACCUUGGAAAGAACUAUGGGAAUGGCUCUCUGGAGAAAUCGACGGUGGAUAUAGAUGAACAUGGCAAGCCAAGUAACACUCUGGUGGAGCAGGAGGACUUCCAGAGGUUGGUCAGACAGGUUCUCCAACUAGAACACUCAGUAGCUGCUAUCAUGACCAAGAUGGAUAUAGUCACGGAGAAACUGGAACUGCAGGAGAGCAACAGGACUAAUGGGAAGGAGACAAUGGGAAAACCAAGUGUGGCCAAAAACUAUGUGAGAAUGCCGACAGUUUCCACAGCAAAACCAACGACAACAGACAUCUUCACCUGUGAUCUGGCUGCUAUUGAGAUAAUCAACAGCUUUGAAAUGUUCUGCAAAAUAAUUGUCCACUACCUGAAUGUGGUUGUACUGAUGGUCAUCACCGUGGUAGAGAACGGCCUUAUCACAUCUGGUAGAUCUCUGUUCCACUGA